AUGAACUUGACUUCUGAACACUGCAACAUCUCAGAUUGGCUGAGGCUCGAAGCAACAGUGAAGGCCUCUGUGUACGUGGUCACUUUCUCCUUUGCCACAUUCAUCACGAUCAUCAUCAUCGCAAUAGUAUCACAGAAUUCAAAACUUAGGAAAGAGGUCAGAUACAUCUUCCUCUGCCACCAUCUGCUGUGCAUCUCUUCCUACUGUGGCCUGGGAAUGGUGUUCCAAGGGAUGAGGGCCCUGAUGGCCAACAGCCCCGUGCUAAUGUGCUGGUUGGUGUUUGGGGCCCAGAUAAGUUUUGGAGAAGGGAUCCUCUUUACUCUGGCCUUGAUGGCUGUCAACACUUACCUGGUCAUAUGUUGGCCAUUGAAAUCUCUGUCCUUUAUAGAUUCAGUUAAGUAUAGAAUCCUGGCUGGGACUUGGAUAAUGAUUAUACUCAAGAAUGUUUGCUUAUUCGUCAUAGAGGGCACCAGCUCCACUUCGGUUUCUGUUUUAAAAGUAGAGCCCCUUUGCCCAGUGAUUUUCAAUGGUAUUCCUGCCAGAGCCAUUGGCAUGGUUUUCUUUCUCCUUCCUCUAGCUAUAAUUCUUAUAAGUUACUCUCUAAUAUAUCAAGAAGGCAAACGUGCUGGCCAUUUUAACAGGUCAAAUAUCAAAGCGAGGAAAACAGUUCUAAUUCAUUUUUUGCAGAUCACCUUACACGUAAUACCAACCCUGAUAUUUAUAGGUUUGGGAAAGAUGUGUGGAGUGUUUUUCUUUGCUUUAAAUCUGGUGCUUUUUGGAGUCUUUUCAUUUGGCCAGUGUUUUAAUCCUCUGAUCUAUGGGCUCUGGAAUACCGAGCUGCAAAGCAGAUUAUGUUAUUGGAUAUGCUGUCAACUGGGGUAUAGUCGUCACACAAUGAACAGCAGAGGGCAAGUUUAA